AGCUACGAGGCGGCUGUGACCCUGGACCCGGAGCAGGCGCAGGCGUGGAUGAACAUGGGGGGCAUUAGACACAUUCAGGGGAGCUAUGUGUCUGCAAGGGCCUACUAUGAGAGGGCCCUGGGCCUGGUUCCAGACAGCCAGCUGCUGAAGGAGAACCUAGCCAAGCUGGAUCGCCUGGAGAGAAGGUUGCAGGAAGUCCGGGAGCAGGACCACACAUAGUCAGAAAAGGCCGCAGGCUCGUGGGACUCCAGGCUGGAGGAGGACAGGUGGGGGCCUUACUCACACACUGACUGCCAGCCAGGCGCUCCCCUCCUGCGGACACAGUGGGAGAUGGCUGCUGGUGACUGCUGAAGGGACACAGCAAAGGGGAACCCACAUCUGCCAGGAAGAGAAGGGGAAAGUGCCGCUCUACCGGCUCUGCUGCGUGACUCCCUCCAGAGAACAAGCAGCCUUGGCAGCACAGAUAGUGAACUGUGUUUUUACUGUAGCAGAAACACAGAGGUGUGGAGUCCUUGGAGCUGCUCCUCCAGAAGGCUGUCUCCUCUGGAGUGAGCCCUGGGGCAGAGUCAGCCCGAGCUCAGCUGGGCCCCAGGAGCCCAGGGCUGUUGGGAGAUCCUGUGGUGUACACAGGAGCCGAGCACUGAUGCCUGGGCUUGCCCUCAUGUCCCCGAGAGCAUCGCUAAGCAGUUCAUUGAAUCCUGCCCUGGUGUAAGUGUUUCCAGUGCCUAAAACAAAAAGAUGGGUCUUCUAGGGGUCUGUGUGGCUAACGUCUCUACAGGAAAGUCGAAGCUCGGCAUCCUUAGUUCUUCAUGGAAAUGUUUUACAUGCUUGUAUCCCAAGCUUCACGAGAGCCGUGUCUCCACUCCAAAACCGUGUGUGUGAGUUUAGCCAGGCGGCUGGGACCCUGACGUGUGCUGCUGGUGUGGCACAGCAGGGUACAGCUGCACACAAGUGUUAGAGUUCUACUUUGUUCUCCUAAGGUCAAGACUUGUGAGAUUUAUUAUUUUUGAAAGGUAAACCUGAGCACUGAGGAAUCUCCACUACUGUUACACAAUUCCUCACAGACUGAGUCGAGGGAAGACAGCUCUACUUACUGACUUUUGAGGGUCGGUGAGAAUUCUGUAUUUGAAACAGUGGCUUUCUGCCUAGUAAAUUUGGAGAGUGUGGAGAGUACUCUAAAACCUUACGGUAAAGUCUGAAUUCAUAAUUUUUUAAAAAUAUGUUUAUAUUUAAAAAUAAGGAAGGCAAGGUUGAAAUCACAAUUAGAAUUAUUUUAGUGUUAUUUAUUAUAUAACUUAUAAAAUAUUUAAUAUAUACAUCCA